CUUCUUCUCUCUCUCUCUCCGUCUCUCUCUCUACCUCACACUCUCUCUCGCUCUCGCUCUCGCUCUCGCUCUCUCCAGCUCUCUCUUCUUCUCUCUCUCUCGCUCUCUUUCUCCACCUCCCUCUCUCUCCUGCUGCUGUCUGGUCAACGGGCUGUGCAUUUGGGACUUGCGUUUUACGGACUGUGAUUGCGUGCGUGAGCGUGCACGUGAGCUUGCACGGCGGUCUGGAGGAACUAAGGGACUUGUGUCUGAGGACUGUGUUGAUGAUGAUGGCGUUGAGGAAGAGGAUGACGACGCCGAAGAUGAUACUGACUGAGCGUUGAUCAUCGCAACAAGCACGCACGUCCUGUCACUUUCUCCGUCCCUGAGGGGUGUGCGUGUGUUUUGGGGUCCGUGUGCUGCCUCCUAAUCCUCCUCAAACCUCCGAGACCUGCACUCCUCCUUUCUCUCCCCCUCCCUCUCCCUCUCUCCCUCUCACUGUCGCCUGUUUCCAGCCGUGGCUGCCAUGCCCGGGUUUUAGGCUGAAGAAUGUGGAGGCAACAUUUUCCAGGUAUCCGACCCCAGAUCAUGAACGGGCCCAUGCACCCGCGCCCCCUGGUGGCGCUGCUGGACGGGCGUGACUGCACCGUGGAGAUGCCCAUCCUCAAAGACCUGGCCACUGUGGCCUUCUGCGACGCCCAGUCCACACAGGAGAUCCACGAGAAGGUGCUGAACGAGGCGGUGGGGGCCAUGAUGUACCACACCAUCACGCUGACCCGCGAGGACCUGGAGAAGUUCAAGGCGCUGCGCAUCAUCAUCCGCAUCGGCAGCGGCUACGACAACAUAGACAUCAAGGCGGCAGGAGAGCUGGGCAUCGCGGUGUGCAACAUCCCGUCGGCGGCGGUGGAGGAGACGGCCGACUCCACGCUGUGCCACGUGCUGAACCUGUACCGCCGCAACACCUGGCUGUACCAGGCGCUGCGCGAGGGCACGCGCGUCCAGAGCGUGGAGCAGAUCCGUGAGGUGGCGUCCGGCGCCGCACGCAUCCGCGGCGAGACGCUGGGGCUCAUCGGCUUCGGGCGGUCGGGCCAGGCGGUGGCGGUGCGCGCCAAGGUGUUCGGCUUCAACGUCAUCUUCUACGACCCGUACCUGCAGGACGGGCUGGAGCGCUCGCUGGGCGUGCAGCGGGUCUACACGCUGCAGGACCUGCUCUACCAGAGCGACUGCGUGUCCCUGCACUGCAACCUCAACGAGCACAACCACCACCUCAUCAACGACUUCACCAUCAAACAGAUGCGUCAGGGGGCCUUCCUGGUCAACGCUGCCCGGGGGGGUCUGGUGGAUGAGAAGGCCCUCGCCCAGGCCCUGAAGGAGGGAAGGAUACGAGGGGCCGCCCUGGACGUCCACGAGACGGAGCCCUUCAGCUUUGCCCAGGGCCCGCUGAAGGACGCACCCAACCUGAUCUGUACCCCCCACACGGCCUGGUACAGCGAGCAGGCCUCCCUGGAGAUGAGGGAGGCGGCCGCCACCGAGAUACGCCGCGCCGUCACCGGCCGUAUUCCUGACAGCUUAAGGAACUGUGUGAACAAGGAGUUCUUCGUGUCUUCGACGCCGUGGGGCGUUAUCGACCAGUCGGUCCACCCGGAGCUCAACGGCGCCUCCUACAGGUACCCAGCGGGGGUGGUGGGCGUGGCCCCCGGCGGCAUGCCCGGGGCCCUGGAGGGCAUGGUGCCCGGGGGGGUGCCGAUCGCCCACAGCCUGCCCUCCGGCACCCACCCGUCCCAGGCGCCGUCGCCCAACCAGCCCACCAAACACGGCGAGACGCGGGAGCACCUCACCGAGCAAUAG